UUGUGGGUAGGCGUAGAUAGAAGUGUUCAAUACAACUGAGUCUCAGACGAGGCCUACAGUGAGCAUUGGUGUGUUCAAAUGUGAUAGAUUGUUCAGCCGGGUGUGUAUAAUUUUGUCCCCAGCCCAUUCGCACUUGUUAUAUGGGUAGACCGGUAGAGAAGUGGGAACAACGUUUGUGUAGCGGAUUCGGAGUGACCUGAUGGUCUCCUAAUCUACAAUGCACUGGUGUGUUCAAAUGUGAUAGGUUGUUCAGCCAGGUGUGUAUAAUUUUGUCUCCAGCCCAUUCGCAGUUAUUAUAGGUGGACCGGUAGAGAAGUGGGAACAAUGUUUGUGUAGCGGAUUCGGAGUGACCUGAUGGUCUCCUAAUCUACACUGCCAAUCCCUAAACCUUUUUGUUGGUUGGUGGGCCGUUCUAGAAGGCAGUUAUGAAUCAAGUCAAAAUACAUCCAUCCGUCUGACCUUAUGCUAGUGGUGUCUCGCUUGCUCUCGUCCUCGAUCUCCUGCAGUUCCAGUUUAAGGACAAAGUAUAGGCUAAAGAGUAUAAGUAGUCAGAUGGGUAGUGAGAAUUUACUUCCAGAAAAGAGAAAACAAGCCACUCUUCGUCUGUGCAAUGUGUCCAGUCAUAUGACUGAAUUACUUGAGUUGCGAGCGGAAGAUCCUUUGAUCAACAUUUUGCUUAUCCCAGGAAAUCCAGGUAUUAUAUCUUUUUACAAGGACUUCGUGGAAGCAGUUUAUGAGCUUCUUGGAGGAAAGGCAUCAAUAACAGCAAUUGGGCAUAUAUCUCAAACAAGAAAGAAUUGGGAGGGUGGAAGGUUGUUCUCAUUAAAUGAGCAAAUCAAUCACAAGGUUGACUUCAUCAAGAAUGAGCUUCAAUACGCGGAAAUUCCUCUAUUAUUGGUUAGCCACUCUAUUGGUUCAUACAUCUCUCUUGAAAUUUUUAGGAGACUUCCAGAGCAGGUUAAAUAUUGUAUAGGGCUGUAUCCAUUUUUAUCUUUGAACAAGGAAUCUGCAAAGCAGUCUCUGAUAGGGAAGAUUGUAGUUUCCCAGAUCUUUUCUUUUCUUGUAAGCUCCACUGCAGCAGUGUUUGGCUUGUUUCCAAGCUGGGCUUCUAGAUUUUUAGUGAGAAGAUCUAUUGGGAAGUCUUGGUCUGCGACAGCAGUUGAGGCUGGCUGCAAUUACCUUCUUCAGUACCAUGUCAUGCGGAACGUCCUCUUUAUGGCAAUGACAGAGUUUGAUAAGCUUUCAGAAGCACCGGAUUGGAGGUUCAUAAGAGGAAAAUGGGAUCAAAUUGCCUUUCUGUUUGGUCAUGAUGAUCACUGGGGUCCAUUGUCAAUGUCUGAAGAGAUUACUAAGCAGGUCCCAGACGUAGCUUUAACAAUAGAACGGGAAGGCCACACUCAUGCUUUCUGUUGCAGUGAGGCUGGAUCAUUAUGGGUUGCUUAUCAUGUAGUAAGCUUAAUAAAUCGUCAAAUUCUAAUUGCAAGCCAGUAAGGUUAGAUUCCUGGCAUAUGACCAGAAGAGAGAUUUCUUUCAUUAGCAUAAGAUGCUAUAUCUAGUAAUUGGUCAUGUGACUCGUGCCUAAUUCCUUUGGUGUCAUGACGCAUGCAAAUACCAUGGACACAUUUCUGUGAUGCUGUUGAUGCGGAGAUCUUUGGUGGACAGGACUCAUAGAAGGCAUAUUUCAGUAGCUUACAAUUAGUUUACUAUUGCUCUAGGGCAUGCAUGCACCACUUCGUAAUUAGGGGUGACCAUUGAAAAUCUUGAAAUUGAAAAGAAAACACCUAAUGACUAAUGUCAAAGAAAAAAAAGGGGAGUUUGUAUUUCUUAUCUGGAACAGAAAAAUGUGACUUUAUUGUUCUGAAAUCUUGACAUACACCCAUAUGCAAAACAUGACAGCCCAAGGUUUACCAUAUACCAGUCUUAUGUGGCAAAUUUACCAUUUGUUUAUAUAUCUUUCAUUA